CAUGAUUUUAUGUAUGUUACAAAUGCACCUGUUCCCAUGACAGAAAUUACAUGAUUGAAGCUCUGAGCCCUCAUGGCAUCUAAUUCAUUCUGUUGGAGGUUACUGAACCGAGUUCGUUCAGGACAAAGAGCUAAGCAGGAGGUGGAGGAGGAGGAUACAGUCCAUAUAAGCAGCACAACAGAACCGGAGCACUCAGAAUGUGCAACAGCUGGAACGAUGACUGUUGGAUCACCACCCCUCAUAACCAGAAGGGUCUCACCUUCUAAGCCUAAAUUUUCCGUGUUUAAAGUAAACCUACCAUUCUUCAAAAGAAAGACCCAUGAUACCCAUGUCCAGGAUGACAUCAAGUCUGAAGAGGGUCUGUUAACUUUUCAGCAGAACCUACAGCAGCAUCACUUUGCAGUAGCAGGGAAGCAGCUGAUAUGUCGAGAGGAGCAUUUGUUUGGACCGAAACAAGAUGAUGUGGGAUCCAGUAAAAGUAUGCUGAAGGAAGAUGAGGAGGAAAAACUGAAUGAAGACUUUGAAGACUUUUUAAAGAAAGUUAUGUCAACAUUUGAGAAAUCGUUUGAUGUUCAAACUAAAGAAGAGAGAGAAUUUCUCAAAGAAGCAGUCCUAGCCAUAGACCAAGAGGAGGAGCAGGACAGGAGAUGGGAAGGGGUUGAAAAAAAUGAACGUCCUCCAUGGAGACCGAGGAAUUGCAGACUGGCCCAUGAUUGCCUGCUUAGGAAUAUGGUUGUACAGCGGAUGGAGGAGGCAAAACUAAAUUCAAAUGUUAAUAUCAACUCUUCGGUCCAAUUAGAGAUCACUGCCAAGGGUAAACAGCUAAAGGAAGACCUGUUAAAAAUUGCAAAGAAUGUGAAGAAUUGCUACCCAAAGGAAAAUGUGUGCCAACUGUAUGCCAAAAUGUACCAUCAGGUUUUUAGUGACAAGCUCAAGGAAAUUGCUGACUACGGACUUGCUAAUAAUGACUGCAUAUGUGUACUUCAGUGGGUGAACAAGCUUUAUCCUGAGAUUCUGAAGCAUAAAGAGCUCUCUGGGGUGAUUGAAUAUGAACAGUUUGAGGCACUGCUCCCUGAUGAUAUCCUUGAGCCGUUGGAGGAGCAGUUUUUGAUCACUAAAGAGAAUGAGCUGCAGACAUGGUGUCAAAAGGCCUUGAGCAACGAGAAGGAAGCUAAUCCUGAACUGAUUGAUAAUUGCUACGUAAGCCACCUGGCCUUUGAUGUGAUUCAGUGUGUGGAUUCUCUUCUAACCUCAUCAAAGAAUUUGCUGGGCUCUUGGUCAAAAACUCAGAGACUCACACACCAGUUCAAACAAUUCCUUAUCAACUACCAGCAUUUCCUUGAUAAAGUGAUUGAAGAUAAUCAGGUGAACGCUGAUGCCGUACUGAAGGCCAACCUACACUGUAUCCGAGAACUCAGAAAUUACAUUAUGAUGACUCCAGAUCCCUUUGCUCAAGACACCAAGAAUGACUGUAUAGAUCUGUUGACCAGGAUAAGAGACACGUGCCACAAUUAUUUCACCAAACCAAUCCAUAAAGAUCUCAAGACGGCAUACUCCAAACUGGGUACCCAAGAAUGGAUUAAACACAAUGAACACGUGUGCAAUGAAUUGCUUGAAGGGGUGCAUAGACACCUUCAGAAAAUCAGAACUCUACAUGAAGCAUGCCUUAAGGAGUUGGUUGGCAAGCUUCAUGAAGAAGUGCUGGCUGAGUAUGUGAGGAAAAUGAUGAAGAAGAAGCUCAGACUUAAAAACGAGAAGAAACAACACAAGGCAGUUGAAAUAUUAUGCAAAAAUAGUCAGAAAAUACACACGCUGUUUACUGAGGCUGGGUCAAACAUGAAGGGCCUGGAAGACAUCUUGCCCAAGCUAGCUGAACUGCUGACAAUAAAUGAUCCACAGUUCAUUGAACUCCAGCUGGUCAGCCUCUCGAAGAUUUACCCAGACCUCAGUGAAGCCCAUGUCGCUGCAUGGCUACACCUCAGGGCAGACCUCUCUACCUCAGACCUCAAAGAAAUUAAGAAGACGUUCUCUAUGUAUCAUGGUCAGACCUCAGAAAGCUACACUGGAGAUGCCCUGGAUCCCCUUCAUUCGAGCAGGAAUUUCUUCUCCAAAGUAGCCAUUAAGUAAUCAUCUGUAAUACUGUAAAAUACCAAAUGUUUCUAAUUCUCAUGCUGUAUGUUGUAUUAAUACUGUUUUAUGCAAUAUCAUGUGCAACAUGAAAUGAUUAAGCUAUUGUAAUUAUUUUAAAUUUGUAAAUAAAUACAGUACACGUUA